AUGCCGCACCCUGACAAAACGCAGACGGCCGUCAAGGAUUACGACGGAGUGGACCCUCGCGCCCAGAGCGGUGAUGUAGUGCGAUACCAGGCUGCAUACGAGAGAUUCGCGCGCAAGAUAGAGGAUGCAGGGGUGGCGGAACUACGGUACAGCAAGAAGCAUCGAUGAAUUUCCAUCGGGCCUCUGGCUGCUAUUGUAUAUUGUUUUGAACUGAGCAUUUCAUCGCCGUGCGGUUCUUGACCAAGUAGCCACCGUCGAGAGGACGACGAGCGCUAUAGGC